AUGACGUCGAUAAUCAAAUUGGAGGCAUUAUCGGGUGUUCAAGACGAUGGGCCGUUGUGCUACUUGCUUCAGGUUCGUGUUUAUUCCAUAUCAUUUACGAAACAAAGCAUCCCGGAACAUUGCUUGAAUUUGCAUAGGUCCACCGAGUUUUCACUGAAAAGGCAUCGGUCCAAAAAAAUCAACAUAGCGACGCACCUGGCUUCCUGGAGCGAUCAUGCGUUUUUGCGCAGUCCGAUCGUUAACAGCACGAAUGGUUCCUGUGCUGCAGUUUAA